UUGAUAUAGUUGUUUGCUGAGUUCGGAUUUUGCUUUGAAUCGGAAUAUCAUAUCUACAUUAUGGUCUAAAAGCAGAAACAGCUAUGAAUAGUACAGAGAUUGUCAUCUUCCUUCUAUGUGUUAAAGGCAUCGCAAUCUUCUGUAAAGAAACUGGACAUGUUGGUCUUCCUCCUGUGAUAACGUCAGAGUUUGAACCGGAAUAUUUCUUUCCUCCAGUCCAAUCUACCUCAUUGAGUCUCCACUGCCAGGCGGAAAACGGAAAUAUCACGUAUGAAUGGUAUAAAAGUUUUAUGAAACUUGAAGAUAAUCAAAGGGUUACCUCUUACUGGAAUACUGGUAAAAUUUUCUUCUCAAAUCUCACAACUGAGGAUUUUGGAAUGUAUUUUUGUCAAGCAAAAAAUGAGUUUGGGGCUUCAAUUUCUGCUUUUGUCAAGAUAUCAGAAACAAGAAUUGAUCCAUUUCCAAUUAAGAAAGAAAGAAACAAAACAUGUCAAGAAUUUCAUCACUGCAAACUUUCAUGUUCUAACAAACCCAUCUGUGUACCCACAAACAACUGUCGAAUAGAAUGGAAAAAUGGGCCUGGAACGUUAAAUAGUGUGGAUAUAAUUGAAAACAUGGCGCUAGAUCGAGAGGGAAACCUUCAUUUUCUAAACAUCAACCGAUCUUACGGAGCACAGGAUUAUUACUGUGGUGUUUGGAAUGACAACGAACAAAUAUUUCGAAAGGGAAAUUUAUUGAACCUCAAUGUAGAGGAUUCUGCUGACAUUUUUGUUCCUACCCGAGCUGUUUAUCACAGUGGGUAUAAAGCUUAUCCUGGAGAGAAUGCCAUCCUGCAAUGUAUUUUUUCUGGAAAUCCUGUAUUGGGAGUAACAUGGCAGACUAGAAACGGAUCUCAUAUCGUAGAGGAUCAUAAAUAUAGUAUCCGUCAUGGUGGAAAAGAGCUUUACAUAAGAAAUACAACAUUUAAAGAUGAUGAGGUUUAUAAAUGUAUGUCUAAUGACGCCAUACAAAACCCAUACCUUAAUGUCACAUCCUACCCAUUUUUCCCUAGCGUUCACAAACGUUUUAUGAUGAAAAUGGUCAAAUUUACGAUAAACAGGAGUACGGAAAUAAUGUGCAAUGCAAUAUCUGCACCACAGGAAAUGGAACCUGUUGUGAUCAUGUGGAUGAAAAAUGGAAAGAAAUUAAAUAAAGAAUCUCGUUAUCAGCUCUCGGAAAAUAAAAAGAAAUUACACAUUUACAAAACAAAUUUAGACGACGCGGGAUGUUAUACAUGUGUGGUAGAAAAUAGCGAAGGAACUGCAGUAGCCAAUUUUUUACUACACGAAAGUAAUACAGUUCCCUCACCUGACCAAACGCCAC